GCCACACUUGUUCAUAGUUGAACUGAAUUUUGUGAAAUGAAGAUCGCAAUUGCGUUUUUAAGUUUUAUUGUGUUAGCCCACACAAUACCAAUUGAAGAAUUAGAGCCAGUAGAAAUAGAACCACAAUUUGAUGUCUACCGUGAUGUUCGUCUGUUACUAAGCACAAGAAGAAAUCGUGGAAGUCCGAUACGAAUUUCCUUCAGAAAUGCGGAGAGCAUUCGAGCAAGUCCAUUUGAUCCUGCAAAGCCUACGAGAGUCUUGAUUCAUGGAUGGUGGGAGGAUGAUACCUCAGCUAUUUCUGUAGAUACAUCCGAGGAAUUAUUGAAUUAUUAUGAUUUUAAUGUGAUAUUUGUUGACUGGAGUGUAGGCGCACAAACAAUCAAUUAUAUUGGAGCUGCUAAUCGUGUGGAAACUGUUGGAUUCUUUGUUGCAUCGCAGCUGAAUUUCAUGAGAGAAUAUAAAUUUGUGGACUUUGAUAGACUUCAUGUCAUUGGAUUCUCACUCGGUGCCCAUAUUGCUGGACACACUGGAAAGAAUACAAAUGGAGAAAUUCACACAAUCGUUGGUCUUGACCCAGCUGGUCCACUGUUCAGCGAAAGGCGCCCAGACGGUAGAAUUGAUGCCAAUGAUGCCAGAUACGUUGAAUGCCUUCACACUAACGGCGGACUCAUCGGAGCUGGAAUUGGAACAGCAAUUUGUCAAGCAGACUUCUUCCCAAAUGGUGGCUCAAGUCAACCAGGUUGCUGGACGAAUACAUGCUCACAUGGUCGUGCUGUAGCUUUCUAUGUAGAAUCAAUUAUUGACAACUCAUUCCAUGCAACAAGAUGUGAGACUGAACGUGAUGCAUCUCGGGAGAGUUGUAAUGCUGGAACUGGAUUUUGGUUUGGUGGGGAGCCAUCGAAUGCUAGAUUUAAUUUGACAGGAAUAUUCCAUUUUAGAACCAAUAGAGAUUAUCCUUAUGCUCAAGGACCCGCAAGACCAUAAUUAAAAAAUAUUUUUUUAAUGCAUAAAUGAAAACCGAAUCUGUAAAUAAAGAUAGUGAUUAAGUUUCUAAAUG